AUGGGGACUACCAAUGAAACAGUAACAGUAGCAGCUUUCUCUCAGGUUUUCCAGUUCAACACCAACUAUAAGGAUCUCCCUGUGUUCACGUUCUUUGUGAUAGCCAACUCUGUUGUGGGUGGCUACCUUGUCCUUUCAUUCGCCAUAUCAGUCUUUCACAUCAUCAGAAGCUCAGCUAAAACCAGCAGGAUCAUCUUGGUUAGCUUAGACACGGUUAUGCUGUCGAUUCUCACAGCGGGGGCUUCAUCAGCAGCAGCAAUGGUUUACUUGGCACACAAGGGGAAUUCCAAUGCUAAUUGGUCUGCAAUUUGCCAGCAGUUCACUAACUUCUGCCACCGCAUUUCUGGAUCCCUCAUAGGCUCUUUUGUCGCCAUAAUCUUGUUCAUCGUCAUCAUAAUUGCUUCUUCUGUGGCUCUCUCUCGACGUUAA